UAAGCUAACAAAACAAAACGUUUCAAUCCUUAACAAACAAACAGACAGACACAAACGUUUUUCUUUCCCUACAUUAACACUUAUCUGUUCUCUCUCUUUUAAAUUCAUCAUUAUCAUCACAAUUUUUUCAUCAGAUCUAAAAUACCCAGAAGAAAAAGGUUGAAACUUUCUUGUUUUCAACGAUCGUUGAUUAGAGAUGUGUUGUGGGGGUAGAGUGUGCAUGUUUUGCACGUGUUUGAUUAUUGCUGUGAUCGUGAUUGGGUUUGUUUUUGGAUUCGGAGUUUUCAAUCAUGGAUUUCACAAAAUCAAAGAUACUUUGAGUUUCUGUGAUUCUUGCGGUGGUGGUGUUGGUGGUGGAAGGCCGUUCUUGGGUUAUGCGCCGCCGCCAUUGUAUUAGUUCAGUAUUGUUCUCUUCUUAUUUUUAAUGUUCUUCUUGUCUUAGGUAAUUUUUCUGGGAUUUUAAUGAUGAUUUUUUGGAAUUGAUACAUUGUAAUUAUCCGUUUAUUGGGAUUAAUGUUGAUUUUAAUUUUUAAUGA